CGCAUUAUUUACUUCCGCUACCGUAUCAACCCACGAACCCACGCGACAGUAUAUCUACUAUAUCUAGCGCCUCCCACCCGCGCGUGGAAAAAGUUGUGUAUGUGUGUUUAACGCCAUGGCCGAACUACAAAUGGAAGUUUUUCUUCAAAGAGUCAGAGAUCAUAGAUUUCUGUACGAUAAAAGCCACCCAGACUACAAAGACACGCAGCUAAAGGAAGCCAGGUGGGCAUUGAUCGCCGAGGAAUUUGGCAUGAAGCCGGACACGUGCGAAAAAAAGUGGCGAAACGCCAGGGACCACUGUGUCAAGAUUCGAAACAAAAUCACCAGUGGGAUGCGAAGUGGCAUGGCGGCAUACCAGUUGCCGACUGUGAAAUGGCCGCAUUAUGAAAUUGUAUCAAGUAUGCUGGGACCACUGCCGUUGGGGUCGAAUAUUACAAAUGCGUCCUCCCUUACGGUACCACAGAGGACCACAGCUCCGACGCCACCUGUAGCGCAGAGCUCCGUGGCGAGCACUUGCUUGGCCAGGUUACUGACAGCGGAGUCCAAUAGCCAGGAACUGCCGUCCCCUUCCUACCCCUCCUCACCCUGUAUAGCUGGGGACGUGUCGGAGCAGACACUGUGCCGCCCAAAUUCAAAUGGAGGUGGAGAGGAUGAACUUGAGACGCGGUUAUCGUGCAACGAGCACUGGACCCAAGAGAGGCAUGGCGAAGCCCCGGUGUCUGCCCAGGACAAAGGACGAACGAGCAGCAGUAGCACACAAGCAGAAAUGAGAGGAAGAACGGCUGGCGAUCUUUCAGUGGACGGUACAAUUCAAAGGACACUGGAGGCGUGCGUCGCCGAGCUGAACGGAUUGCACAGGGAAACGGACGACGUCUGCAUGAACCAUGGGAUAGCCAUUGGUUCCAGGUUGAAAGAGCUGCCCAGGAGGCUGCGUUCUCGGGUGCUGCAUAAAAUAGACGAGGCGUUUUACGAAGUCGAACAAGAAUUAUAUUCAAAAGACUUGGAUCAGUAAAAUACUUUAUUGUUUGUAGCAUAUCACAGACGUUGUCUACUUUACCUUUAUGCUUUUUGGAACAUAGUUAUCUUGCCAUUAGUUCUCAUAAGAGAUAUUUCUCGUGUGAAUUACUAAGUGUUGUUAUGUGUUACGUUAUAUUACUAUUUAACGUGCUAUGUGGAAGCGCUGUUUUAAGCGGAGCAACAAAAAAUUACACCCAAAUCUCCUUUUCACGCUUUUGUGAAUAAAAACAUUAUUAUUAUUAUUA